CAGUAAACCACAGAAGCGAUACGACCUACAGACACAUACUCUACCCAGUAGACCACGGUGGUGGUACGACCUACAGACACAUGCUCUACCCAGUAGACCACGGAGGUGGUACGACCUACAGACACAUACUCUAUCCAGUAGAACACGGAGGUGAUACGACCUACAGACACAUACUCUACCCAGUAGACCACGGAGGUUUUACGACCUACAGACACAUGCUCUACCCAGUAGACCCCGGAGGUGGUACGACCUACAGACACAUGCUCUGUCGACCAGAGCAAGGAGACGGUACGACCUACAGAUGGCGUCAGUGAAAUAUUGAAUUAAUUCGGAAAAUAGCAGGCGAAUUCUUUAAAGCUUACCUGAAUUAUAUCAUCAAAUAUGGAGAAACACCCACCUCCAUACCAGCCCUAUGAAGGGACGGGAUCACCCCCACAAGCAUAUGCACAACCCCUACAAGGACAUGGACCACCACCCCAGGGGUACGAACCACCACCACACCAGGGGUACGGGCCACCAUCACCCCAGGGAUACGGAACACCACCCCAGGGAUACAGACCAUUACCCCAGGGAUACGGACCACCACCCCAGGGAUACAGACCACUACCCCAAGGUUACGGACCACCACCCCAGGGAUACGGACCACCACCCCAGGGAUACCGGCCACUUCAGCCCUACCCUCCUCCGAUGAUGCAGCAGCAAAGAAGUACCAACGUCGUUGUUGUCGGCGGUGGUGCUGCGCAACAGACUGUUGUAGUUCAGCAGAGAGAGACCGUCAAUCACUGCCUUCACUGCUGUAUCUCCAUAUUCUUCCCACCGUGGAUUUUUGUGUGGAUAUGUCUGUGUAUAUGUUACGACUGCUAAACAACGCGAAUCAACACUGCAGCCACUGGCUGUGAUGGGCUAGACGUUUUGCAUGAUGCCUGAACGGAAUAUCUGCGAUUACAUUAUAACACCCCAAUGUGACG